AUGCCGUACGAAAGUUUUAUUUCUCAACAGCAAGUGGAAAUCACUGAAGUCGUACAAGAUGCAUCGACCAACGCGUGGAUGUACGUACUCCACAUACAACGCGGCAAUACAAGCACGUACUCAUCACCGCGUGGUAUGAUAGAAGAAGGAUUUACCCACGAAUACGUCAUCAGUAGGCGGUUUAGCGAAUUCAAGCAACUUCAUAAUGCGCUUGUACCGAUUAUGGGAGACGCUCUGACAGAGUUACCAGCAGACGGUUUGAUGACGCUAAUCAUGGCCGACAAUCAAGCGCUUUUAGAUGAACGUCGCCAAGUCUUGACUCAAAUUGUCAUGGACAUUCUAAAUCAUCCAGUGGCGCGGGACCUGCCGGACGUAUUGGAGUUUUUAGGUCACGAAUCCAUUAAUGCAAAAGUAUUAGCGCCAUUAUCGGGCCAGUGCACAGGCUCGAUCCACAAGACAUCGAGCCUUGAGUGGAUCGUGCCGUGCCGAGAGUCCAUUUUGUCGCUUUGA